CCAAUCGAAACCAUAGUUAUAGACGCGACAUUCAAUUACAAGUAUUUCUAAAAUUACUUCUCAACUAACUUUGAUUGUAAAACCAUAAACCACUCUGUCGCUUAAUUCAAUCAACGAACGCAACGAAACCGACACAAACGAACCCAAAUUCAAUUACCAGCCCUUUGCCCCCCCGUGUCGUGUUUCUGUGAAUCUUAAACGAAAUUUAACCACAGAUGUUUUGAAAAUCCGGCACCUAGGCCUCAAAACAUCCAAGGACUGUAAUGCAUAAAGAUUGCUAGCCGCGGGCUAACGUGAAGUUUGUUUUGUGCUAAAAAAAUAAAUUUAAAAAACAACUCUUCCAUAAGUGUAAGCUCCGUACUUGCAGCAACAUUUUGUGAAAGUCUAUUACACCAAAAGGAAGAUAAAAGCAGACACGGAUCCCUGUGCAAGAACCAAGAAAAUACGCACACUAAACAUGGGCGGAAACGUCGAACAACGGCCCUGGACCCCAACAGUACGUACGGGAAAAAUAGCGGCGGAGACAAGCAGUCCGGGUCCGGCAAUAGUGCAGUUACCCACAUUAGUCGGCAGCAAAGUGCCCGAUUCCAAGAAAAAAGGCGCACCCGCGUAUUCGUUCGGUCAGAAAUAUCGCAGUUCGCAUGACACCUUCGGUCCCGGACCGGCCCAAUACAACAUUACUGGCUUGCGGGCAAAGGGUAAGGACUACCCGCGCGCUGCCACGCUGCAGAGCCGUCCGAAGGAGCUCACCCGAUUCUCCAAUCCGGGCCCCGGCGAAUACGAUGUAGUGCCAGCGGCCAAGGCUGUCAUCGAUGCCACACCAAAGUACACGUUCGGUCAGAAGCCGCCCUGUGCUAAGUUCAGCCUGAUUCCAGCGCCGAAUAGCUAUUGUCCUGAAAAGGUCGUGCAAUCAAAAAAGAAUGCGCCACGUUUCACAUUUGGUAGACGAACUAAAAUCCAACACGAUCAGGGCACCCCAGGUAAAGAUCUGAUAAUAAGGCAUUACACUAAUUUUUUAGCUAAUAUAUUAUUGUUAAAUAUCACACUCUUAACGCCUUACAACUUCUGUAUUAAUCACAGUACCCCUGUCUAUCCCACAGCUCCUGGCGCCUACUCUCCUGAAAAGGCGAAUUUCAGCAGAACGCCAGAGUUUAGUUUCGGAAUCAAGCAUCAAGAGUUAAGGCAUGACUAUACGCCAGCACCGGGUACAUAUAAGCCCGAGCAAGUGAAUCUAGAACACACGCCCGCUUAUAGUUUUGGCUUAAAGACAAAUCACACAAUAGUCACCAACACACCAGCACCUGGAGCAUACUGCCCCGAAAAAGUCAACUUGCACACAACACCCGCUUAUUCUAUAACUGGCAAGGCAUCUAGCCAUGUGGUCGAUGGCACGCCCGCACCUGGCGCAUACGAACCAGAAAAGUGUGUACUCAACAAAACCCCCGCUUUUACCUUUGGCCAGCGCGUACCACAUGUCAAAGCGGACGAUACUCCCGCACCUGGCACCUAUGAACCGGAGAAGGUACGUUGUGAUAACACGCCAGCGUUCACAUUUUCGGGCCGACAUGAGAUUAAGUCUGUUAGUGUAACGCCAGCACCAGGGUCAUACUCUCCAGAAAAGUAUCGAAGCGAUAGCACGCCGUCAUUCACCUUCGGCGGUAAGCAUGAACAGAAGAUCGACACUUCAACUCCGGCACCAAGCGAAUACUAUCCGGAAAAAGUACGGCACGAUCCCAAUCCUGCUUUCUCAUUUGCUGGACGACAUGAGCUUCACCAUAUAAGCGACACACCAGCACCAGGCACAUACGCUAUUGAAAAAAUUCAACUUCAUCACAAUCCCGCCUAUUCAUUCGCUGGCCGUCACGAUCUUCAAAAGCCAAGUGAUACUCCGGCACCAGGAGCUUACUCCCCUGAAAAAGUGCGACAAGAUCACAAUCCUUCUUUCUCAAUGGCUGGCAAACACGAUCAAAAAGUAUCCAACGAUACGCCUGCACCUGGAGAUUAUUGUCCUGAAAAGGUGCGACUGGAUCACACACCCGCCUAUACUUUUGGUGGCAAGAAUGACCCCAAAGUUGAGAACCAUACCCCUGCUCCUGGCGAUUACAGCCCUGAGAAGGUUCGGCUAGACCACAAUCCCGCUUACUCAUUUGCUGGGCGUCACGACCUUCAAAAGCCAAGUGAUACUCCGGCACCAGGAGCUUACUCCCCUGAAAAAGUUCGCCAAGAUCACAAUCCUUCUUUCUCAAUGGCUGGCAAACACGAUCCAAAGGUAUCCAACGAUACCCCUGCUCCUGGAGAUUAUUGCCCUGAGAAGGUUCGGCUAGACCACAAUCCCGCCUAUUCAUUCGCUGGCCGUCACGAUCUUCAAAAGCCAAGUGAUACUCCAGCACCAGGUGCUUACUGCCCUGAAAAAGUUCGCCAAGAUCACAAUCCUUCUUUCUCAAUGGCUGGCAAACACGAUCAAAAAGUAUCCAACGAUACGCCUGCACCUGGAGAUUAUUGUCCUGAAAAGGUGCGACUGGAUCACACACCCGCCUAUACUUUUGGUGGCAAGAAUGACCCCAAAGUUGAGAACCACACCCCUGCUCCUGGCGAUUACAGCCCUGAGAAGGUUCGGCUAGACCACAAUCCCGCCUAUUCAUUUGCUGGCCGUCACGAUCUUCAAAAGCCAAGUGAUACUCCGGCACCAGGAGCUUACUCCCCUGAAAAAGUUCGCCAAGAUCACAAUCCUUCUUUCUCAAUGGCUGGCAAACACGAUCCGAAGGUAUCCAAUGAUACCCCUGCUCCUGGAGAUUAUUGCCCUGAGAAGGUGCGACUGGAUCACACACCCGCCUAUACUUUUGGUGGCAAGAAUGACCCCAAAGUUGAGAACCACACCCCUGCUCCUGGCGAUUACAGCCCUGAGAAGGUUCGGCUAGACCACAAUCCCGCUUACUCAUUUGCUGGCCGUCACGAUCUUCAAAAGCCAAGUGAUACUCCAGCACCAGGUGCUUACUGCCCUGAAAAGGUUCGCCAAGAUCACAAUCCCUCGUUUUCAAUGGCUGGCAAACACGAUCCGAAGGUAUCCAAUGAUACCCCUGCUCCUGGAGAUUAUUGCCCUGAGAAGGUGCGACUGGAUCACACACCCGCCUAUACUUUUGGUGGCAAGAAUGACCCCAAAGUUGAGAACCACACCCCUGCUCCUGGCGAUUACAGCCCUGAGAAGGUUCGGCUAGACCACAAUCCCGCCUAUUCAUUCGCUGGCCGUCACGAUCUUCAAAAGCCAAGUGAUACUCCAGCACCAGGUGCUUACUGCCCUGAAAAAGUUCGCCAAGAUCACAAUCCUUCUUUCUCAAUGGCUGGCAAACACGAUCCGAAGGUAUCCAAUGAUACCCCUGCACCUGGAGAUUAUUGCCCUGAGAAGGUGCGACUGGAUCACACACCCGCCUAUACUUUUGGUGGCAAGAAUGACCCCAAAGUUGAGAACCAUACCCCUGCUCCUGGCGAUUACAGCCCUGAGAAGGUUCGGCUAGACCACAAUCCCGCCUAUUCAUUUGCUGGCCGUCACGAUCUUCAAAAGCCAAGUGAUACUCCAGCACCAGGAGCUUACUCCCCUGAAAAAGUUCGCCAAGAUCACAAUCCUUCUUUCUCAAUGGCUGGCAAACACGAUCCGAAGGUAUCCAAUGAUACCCCUGCUCCUGGAGAUUAUUGCCCUGAGAAGGUGCGUCUGGAUCAUACACCCGCUUAUACCUUUGGUGGCAAGAAUGACCCCAAAAUAAAUCAUCACACCCCAGCGCCAUGUGACUACGCACCCGAGAAAGUACGUCUCGACCAUACACCAGCCUACACAAUUACAGGUCGAACAAAUGUACAGCAUGUGAGCCAAACUCCAGCGCCCUGCGACUACUGGCCUGAGCUAUGCCAUAUGGAAACUAAAAUGCCAGCCUUUAGCUUCGGUAUAAAAACCAACCGGGAAUAUAUAAGUGACACACCAGCACCUUCUGCUUAUGAGCCAGAAAAACACUCGCUCAAUCACACACCUGCCUUCACAUUCGGCACCAAAUCCGAGAUUAAGAGUUCUGUUGACGCACCAGCCCCUGGACAUUACCACCCUGAGCAGUGUAAUCUCGAUCACUCACCUGCUUACAGUUUUGGGCAUAAGACUUUGGUAAUGCCGCCGAUUCCAGAACCUAGAGGCGCUUAUAUCGAAGAUCGAAUUAUCCAAAGACGCGAGCGUCGUUUGGCCAGCCCUGUACGAAGCAACAACACCAAUGUGAACGUCAAUGGUGAGACCAACACCUCGGCUAGCACCACCACGGUUGCAAAUGCUGGCGAGCGUGAGAGCACGAGCACCCAAACGCAAAUGCAAAUUCAAAUAAUUGGCCAGAACACACAAAGCACCGCACAGCUCGAGCCUAAGAAUAACCUAGCAAAGACCACUACCACCACCAUUAAGACCAAAACGAUGUCUUUGGCUAAGCCCUCGGCUGCUGACAGCACAAAUAUCAGCACCAUGGCACUUCGCCAACUAGCCAAUGGCCAUGCCCAGGUGGGCAAUAUGCAGGUAACGACCAGUGGAACCGCCGAUGCCAUCGCCGCCAAAGCCAACAACUUCAAUACGCGCACAGUGGUGCAAGCCGACGGCGCCACUGUAACCACAACAAGCACCACGAAGAUGGCAACGGUUAAGUAUGCUGUGGAGGCGAGCAGCGUUCAAGAGAAAACAAUCAGCUCCUAAUGUCUACAAAAUACCCACUGUCUUGGGUUCGAGCAAAGAAGGUCCCAUACGAUCCGCUCCAGCCUUUACCAUGGCCGGACGUGAGAAACAGGCACUCAUACCUUCACUCGUUCUGCCCGGUCCCGGAUACUACGAU